AUGGCUGGUUUAUUUUUAUCUGAUUUUAUUAAUGUCCAACAUGUCAUUACCUAUUGCCCGCUGCUUUUUCCCUCUCGAUGGAUCCCACCUCCACCGAAUUGGAUUAAGAUAAAUGUUGAUGCUUUUUUCUGUGCAAAUUCAAAAUGCAAGGGUAUCGGUGUGGUUUUUCACAACAAAGCAGGCAGCUAUACUGGAGGUUUCGUUUGCAAAACUCCCAACACUACCAACCCCAACACUAGUAAGAUCCUAGCUGCUCAUGAAGGAUUGCAUUUGGCUAUUCAAAGACAAUGGCAACACAUUGUUCUGGAGUGUGAUGCAUUACAAGUGGUUCAAGUUAUUGGCAGCCCUAGUUGUGGGCUUUCUACUACUGGUUUACUGAUUGAGGAUGUUAAAACUAGCCUACAGAGCUACAUGUUUGUGAAAGUUAGUCACAACGUAGAUCCGCCGAUUUAG